AUGGGCUCCGUUGUGGAGCGAGAUUCGGCAUCCAGGUUCCGAGCCUCAAUUGGAUGUGCACUGCGGAGUACUCAGUUCCCGGAUGGGAUCAAUAAGGCCUGGGAGCAUAGAAGCAACCUGGCCUUCUGGUUUGGGGUCUCUAUCGAUUGUGUCCAGUUUGGUGGUCAUAUCAACUUCAUCGAAGCCCAAAACAUGAUGUAUGUAGCACAACAUACAGCGAUUCCUGUGCCCAAGGUGUUCGCCUCUUAUACAUGCGGUCUCAUUAAUCGUGACUACAGCGAUUACGGCAGCUUUUACGAUACUUACAUCUUCAUGACCUGGGACACUCCUGAUCUCCCCAGCAAAUCCGACAUUUCAAAACAACUCAAGACCGAUGUCGAGGAGAUGCAUGGCUUGAAUGAUGAGGGAUAUAUCGGCUCUAUAAAUCAUGACUCUCUUACGGAUCGCAGUCUCCCAACUUCUGACAAUAAAGGCCCCUUCAACUCUGAGCAGGGUUUCAAUACUGCUGUGAUUGAUCUCAAUUCAAAGAAAGCCGCACAACACCAUAUCUAUAAUUUCCUCCCAUGGGAUGCUUCCCCCACAACCCCACGUUGGUAUCCCGAAUGGGCACGGGAGGCAAAUCCCGCUUCUGCACGCGAUUAG